UGCAUAGAUAGCUAUCCAUGCAUAAAGUAGUCCGCCGUGGUCGCCACAAGAUCAAGUCGUCUAUAACACAUGCUUGCAUAUUUCAAAGCAGAAACAAGAAAAUGGCUUCAUCCCAACACACCUUUACCAUUGAUGAUCAAGCGCACAUUUUCGACGAGCGUGAAAUGGAUAUCAAGAUCGAAACGGACAAGUUUGGUAAGACCAUCAAAUACAUGAUGUUUAGGGGUCUCCACUACAGUCCAGCAUAUGUGCCAUCAAUCCUGGAACAAGCGAAGGACGUUUCCAUGAGGCCUGAUGAUAUUUACCUCUGUGCUUAUCCAAGAACAGGAACUCACUGGACUUUCGAAAUGGUGAACAUGCUCUUGUGUGGCAAGGCUGAAACCAUUCAAACAUCCAAGGGGAAGCACCAUUUAGAGGUGGUGGCGAAGGGUUUGAGUAAGCUCCCUUCACCAAGGUUUAUCGAUACCCACUUCCGGUUGUCAGAUGGUCCCGAGGAGCUGAAAGAAAAGAAGUGCAAGGUUAUCUACAAUCUUCGAGAUCCGAGAGACGUGGCAGUUUCUCUCUACCACACUUAUGUCGAUAUGCAGGUUUUGGAAUGCGAGUGCUCUUUUGAAGGUUUCUUGUAUCUGUUUCUGGAAGGAAAAGCUGAAGUCGAUGGUGUGUUUGAUCACUGGCUUGAUGCUGAGGAAUUUGUCAAAAAGAAUCCAGAUAUUCCUGUGCAUUUCAACAUUUAUGAAGAAACCAUAAAGAAUCCCCAGUUGGCUGUGCAACGCCUGUCUGAUUUUCUUGGUCUGCCACGAAACGAUGAACUUUGCCAAGCCAUUGCUGAUAAAUGCCACUUUUCCAACAUGAAAAGAGACAAAGAAAAAUACGCCAUUAAAGUGGAUGGGAAAAACAUACUAUAUCGUAAAGGUACUGUUGGCGACUGGAAGAACUAUUUCACAGAUCAAAUGUUGGACGACUACUAUCGAGUGUAUGAAGAAAAGAUGUCCGGCUCGAGAUUCUACAAACUGUACGCUAGAAACACAUGAAAAAGGCCACAUGUCCCGCGACAAAACUUUCAUCUUCAAUGUUCAUUUUACUGAAAAAAUGAAUGAUGAGAGGGCCGAUUAACAUAAAUGCUAUUUGUUUCCAUCCAUAAUAGGAAGAAGUUAAAGUUGUGUAAAACGGAAUGCAUCAAUUUGGGUAGAGGCUGGACUCAAGACAGAAUAAUUGCGACAUAUCGGCGACCAGCGUCAUUUUAUAUAUUUUAUUUCUUCUUUUAAACAUUUCAUUUUGUGUAGUAUGAUAACGUGGACAUUCUAUGAAGUGGUGAUGCACAUUUUCACACGGAGAACUACAGAGACAUUUGAGGCGUAAUUUCGUAAGAAAUAUAUAUUACUUUCUUACGCCACAGAGAAAUAUGAAGGCGCACAUUACAUGUAAAUUUGUUUUACAGUUUUGCUUUUGGAACAGCUGACAGUACUGAACUUAUUGAUACUGGCAGAAUGUUCCAUAAUGUUACAGUCUAGGGACGUGACUGAUUAAAUAGCUGUAGUCUGACACUGGUUUGGGAGUCGGGGAUGAUCUCCGUCACCCUUAUAACUCGCUUAUUCUUCAAGCAGCUAGAACUAAGGUCUAGACUUCAACUCGCACCAGUUCUUUUUAGAUUUCAGUAGCUGAUUGUGAAAAUCUCACCCGUGACCGAACAGGGAUAGUGAGAUGUUGACGUGCAAACGAAAAUAAUGAUAUUUGUUUGAUUUUUCGUAACUCACAUUAUAGAACUUUCAUGAACACAUUCCUUAUUACCAUCUCCUUUUGACCCAAUCAAUUUGUUAAAAAAGGACAUUUCCAAAUAUCAUUUCCAUCACUAAUGCACACCCAGUCACCUAUGCACCUUCAUUUAAAAGCGAAACUUGCAAACAUUCUGGUAUUUCACUUUGCAUUGUCAUAUAACCUUCCAUAUAUUCUGUAACCUACUAUCAUAAUCAGCAAUACAUUAUUUGUCAAUUAUUACUAUUUAGUGAUUCUGUUUCUAUUACACUAGUUAUUUGCAUAUCAUGUCAUGUCAUUUCAUACGCGUUUAAUGGUGAAUAACAACCAGUUACAAUCCAUGGUUA